UACUAUUUUUAUUAUUUUUUUUUUCCCCGAUAUUUCAGAAAAGCAGAUCAAAACAAGCUGAUUUGACAUUUCCUGAUCAUGUGUACAAAAGGCUGUCUCGGAUCAAUGGGGCUAUAAACAAAAUGACUAAGUCUGAGCUUCUAAAGAAGGUGCAUGACUUACAAUUGGACUCUAGAGGCAAUAAGGGUGUGUUACAGAAACGUUUGAAGAUGUACUACAAGAAGCACCGGUUACGGGCAGUCAACAGCAGUUUGGUGAAAGAAACUGGUUUUGAGUUUCUACUAGUCAUUGACUUUGAGGCUACCUGUACACCCUACAAUGUCAACUUCCAACAUGAAAUCAUUGAGUUUCCCAUCAUCCUUAUUGAUGUGCAGCAGAAGAAGAUAGUUGAUAAAUUCCAUGCUUACUGUAAACCCACAAUGAAUCCACAGCUUACAAAGUUUUGUAUAGAAUUAACAGGUAUUACCCAGGAAACUGUCAACAAUGCACAAACAUUUCCUGCGGUUAUGUCGCAAGCUCUACAAUGGCUUUUAUCAAAAGGUUUGCUGACCUCUGUCUUAAACAGUUCACAUCGAAGAAAUAAAUUUGCUAUUGUGACUGAUGGACCCUGGGACAUGGGACGUUUUCUUUAUUACCAGUGCCAGUACAGUGGGGUGCAGUUUCCACGAUGGGCCCGUCGCUGGAUCAACAUACGGCGGCGCUAUGAGAGUUUCUACAGUUGCAAGAAAGUAGGUGGUCUGAAAGGCAUGCUGGAAAUGUUGGGGAUGUCUUUCGAAGGCCAGCUGCACUGCGGACUUGAUGAUGCAUACAACAUUGCCAGGAUUGCAUUACGGCUGAUGGCGGACGGAUGCUGUUUGAAGAUAAACGAAUAUCUCAAUGCACCAAUUGUGGAUGUUUCAUCAUCAUCAUCAACAGCAGCAGCAGAAGGAUCGACUUCAGUAUCUGCUGCACAAAGCAAUUCGGAAGACAGCGAUUCCUCUGAUGACAACACCAAUGGCAAAAUAAAAUCAGUCACAGUUUCAGCCAGAAAGAUUUCAGCACUGUCUCACUCGGUCGACACCGAUGUCGCGAAAGAAAUGAGCAAACUAAGUGUUGACUAACCCUUAGCUUUAUGGUUCUUCCACCUCGAUGAAGACAUAUUGGGAAUUGUCUUUUUGUCAUCGACUGUGAUUCGCACUUCUCAGAUUCUGUGAUUUCAAAAGAUUGUCUUUCAAUUUGGUGUCUCAACAAUCAAGGCCAAGUUGUUUCCAACCAUUUUUGGAAGAAACUUUAAAGACUUGAAUUGCAUACAUUAAAUUCUUUUUUAUUUAUAUUCA